AUGCAGCUGCUAUGGGAGAAGCCCUGCCUUGCGUCACGCUGCCCGUGCGCGCCCUGCCCUGCGUCGCGCUGCCCCGAGCGCGCCCUGCCCUGCGUCGUGCCGCCAGCGCUUGCCCUGCCCUGCCCUGCGUUGCGCCGCCCCGCGCACGCCCUGCCCUGCCUCACACCACCUACGCGCCGCCCGUCUGCAGCCCGCACGCCGCCCUGCUGGCAGCGCGCUGCCCUUUGCAGCCCGCGCGUCGCCCUUUGCAGCCCUGUGCGCUGCCCUGCUGGCUGCGCGCCUCCCCUUCCUGCCCGCGCGCCGGCCCUUCCUGCCCGCGCGCUGGCCAUUGCAGCCCGCGCGCCGUACUGCUGGUCGCGCACCGCCCCUGCCUGCCCACGCGCCACCCCUGCCUGCCUGCGCACCGCCUUCUGCAGCCCGCACGCUGCCCUGCUGGCCGCGCGCUGCCCUGCUGGCCGCGCGCUGCCCUGUUGCCCGGGUGUUCCCCCUCCACCCUUGCCCCCUCCUACGCUUCUUAUGCUGCUGUUGACUACCUUCGUGCUGCUGUUCUCCGUGUCCCCUUCCCUGCUUCCCCCCAUCCCCCUCCCGCAUCCCCAUGUCCCUUUUCCUGAUUCACCCCAUCCCCUUCCCUGCUUCCCCGUGUCCCCUUCCGUGCUUCCCCGUGUCCCUUUCCCUGCUUCCCCCCAUCCCCUUCCCUAUUACCCCCCAUCCCCUUCCCUGCUUCCCCAUGUCCCCUUCCUUGCUUCCCCCCACUCCCUUCUCUACUUCCCCCCAUCCCCCUUCCUGCGUCCCCAUGUCCCUUUUCCUGAUUCCCCCCAUCCCCUUCCCUAUUACCCCCCAUGUCCCCUUCCGUGCUUCCCAUUGUCCCUUUCCCUGCUUCCCCCCAUCCCCUUGCCUACUACCCCCCAUCCCCUUCACUGCUUCCCCGUGUCCCUUUCCCUGCUUCCCACCAUCCCCUUCCCUGCUUCCCCCCCUUUCCUGCUUCCCCCCCUUCCCUGCUUCCCCUUGUCCCUUUCCCUGCUUUCCCCCAUCCCCUUCCCUGCUUCCCCCCAUCCCCUUCCCACCUUCCCCAUGUCCCCUUCCCUGCUUCCCCAUGUCCCCUUCCCUGCUUCCCCGUGUCCCCUUCCCUGCUUCCCCCCAUCCCCCUCCCGGCGUCCCCAUGUCCCUUUUCCUGAUUCACGCCAUCCCCUUCCCUGCUUCCCCGUGUCCCCUUCCGUGCUUCCCCGUGUCCCUUUCCCUACUUCCCCCCAUCCCCUUCCCUAUUACCCCCCAUCCCCUUCCUUGCUUCCCCAUGUCCCCUUCCCUGCUUCCCCCCACUCCCUUCUCUGCUUCCCCCCAUCCCCCUCCCCACGUCCCCAUGUCCCUUUUCUUGAUUCCCCUCAUCCCCUUCCCUAUUACCCCCCAUGUCCCCUUCCGUGCUUCCCAUUGUCCCUUUCCCUGCUUCCCCCCAUCCCCUUGCCUACUACCCCCCAUCCCCUUCCCUGCUUCCCCGUGUCCCUUUCCCUGCUUUCCACCAUCCCCUUCCUUGCUUCCCCCCCUUCCCUGCUUCCCCCCUUCCCUGCUUCCCCGUGUCCCUUUCCCUGCUUUCCCCCAUCCCCUUCCCUGAUUCCCCCCAUCCCCUUCCCUGCUUCCCCCCAUCCCCUUCCCGCCUUCCCUAUGUCCCCUUCCCUGCUUCCCCCCACGCCCUUCUAUGCUAAAACCCAUCCCCCUCCCUGCUUCCCCAUGUCCCUUUCCUUGCUGCCCCCCAUCCCCUUCUCUUCUUCCCCCCCUCCCCUUCCCUGCUUCCCCAUGUCGCUUCCCCAUGUCCCCUUCCCUGCUUCUCCAUGUCCCCUUCCCUGCUUUUCCAUGUCCCCGUCCCUGCUUCCCCCCACUCCCUUCUCUGCUUCCCCCCAUCCCCCUCCCUGCGUCCCCAUGUCCCUUUUCCUGAUUCCCCCCAUCCCCUUCCCUAUUACCCCCCAUGUCCCCUUCCCUGCUUCCCCGUGUCCCCUUCCCUGCUUCCCCCCCUUCCCUGCUUCCCCAUGUCCCUUUCCCUGCUUUCCCCCAUCCCCUUCCCUGCUUCCCCCCAUCCCCUUCCCUGCUUCCCCCCAUCCCCUUCCCGCCUUCCCUAUGUCCCCUUCCCUGCUUCCCCCCACGCCCUUCUAUGCUAAAACCCAUCCCCCUCCCUGCUUCCCCAUGUCCCUUUCCUUGCUGCCCCCCAUCCCCUUCUCUUCUUCCCCCCCUCCCCUUCCCUGCUUCCCCAUGUCGCUUCCCCAUGUCCCCUUCCCUGCUUCUCCAUGUCCCCUUCCCUGCUUUUCCAUGUCCCCGUCCCUGCUUCCCCCCACUCCCUUCUCUGCUUCCCCCCAUCCCCCUCCCUGCGUCCCCAUGUCCCUUUUCCUGAUUCCCCCCAUCCCCUUCCCUAUUACCCCCCAUGUCCCCUUCCCUGCUUCCCCGUGUCCCCUUCCCUGCUUCCCCCCCUUCCCUGCUUCCCCGUAUCCCUUUCCCUGCUUUCCCCCAUCCCCUUCCCUGCUUCCCCCCAUCCCCUUCCCUGCUUCCCCCCAUCCCCUUCCUGCCUUCCCCAUGUCCCCUUCCCUGUUUCCCCCCACGCCCUUCUCUGCUAAAACCCAUCCCCCUCCCUGCUUCCCCAUGUCCCUUUCCCUGCUUCCCCCCAUCCCCUUCCCUGCUUCCCCGUGUCCCCUUCCCUGCUUCCCCCCAUCUCCUUCCCUGCUUCCCCAUGUCCCUUUCCUUGCUUUCCCCCAUCUCCUUCCCUGCUUCCCCCCAUCCCAUUCCCUGCUUCCCCAUGUCCCUUUCCCUGCUUCCCCCCAUCCCCUUCCCUUCUUCCCCAUCCCCUUUCCUUGCUUCCCCGUGUCCCUUUCCCUGCUUCCCCAUGUCCCUUUCCCUGCUGCCCCCCAUCCCCUUCUCUUCUUCCCCCCCUCCCCUCCCCUGCUUCCCCCCAUCUCCUGA